GUUAUCUUUUAUCCUUGGUAUUUUCUAGGUUAGCUGCUUCACCUUUUUCUUUUUUUUUCUCUUUUCUUCUUCUUCUGUAUAUAUAAGAAUUGGCGAAGAAUGGAGCCUUAUUAGUAUCGAAUUAUCUACUGAAUCGAAUGCCGUUCCCAUCGAAUAAUACCAGCCUCAUCGCGAAGUGUACAAACACGAUCCUCUGCCAUCUGCGAGCUUUACCUCUCUGGGGAAUCGCUAUAAUCAUACUACUCCUCGGGUUCCUUCGGAAGCAGCUGGCGGCUACUAUUACGAGUAGUAGAAUAUCAGGAUCGAACGGAAUACCUAAAAAAUAAACAUCAUGGCGUCUGCCGUCGCGGCUAGUAGGGUGCUGGGGGUCGCUGGACCGAUACUCGUACCGGCUGUCGCUUAUGGUGUCUACAAAGGGAACGUACUGGCAAUGCUUCAGUCUUUCUUUACAGGCCCUGGUAGGACAAGUCGUGCCGUGGCUCUAGUAGUCGUGCUUGUUAACUGGAAAAGCCUGCCUUUUGUGUGGACUUUCCGCGUUUUCAGCGCCAUGAUAACGCACCUAGGUUUUAGGCGCUUUCAUACACACACUCCCGACCAACUCUUCCACCCAAUAAUUACGCCGUCUCAUGUCUCGCUGCUCGAAGUCGAUUAUAAUAUCCACAAGUCCAACUCGACCUACUUCGCCGACCUUGACGUCAGCCGUUCUCAAUUAGUUGCACACUUAUUCGCUCGCGGCUGCCGCGAACUCGCUAAUAAUACCUCAACACGUCUGGUGAUGGAUCCGUCAGACCCCUCGAAACCAGCCAAGGGCAAAUUCGGCGUUAUGCUUGGAGCCGUGCAAUGUAGCUUCAAGAAAGAGCUACAACCAUAUCAAAAAUACGAGAUGUGGUCCCGUGUUCUCAGUUGGGAUCGUAAAUGGCUUUACAUCGUAACGCAUUUCGUUGAGCAUGGCGCCGUCAAACCGCGGUCUUGGGACGAGGGAAACUUCGGCGCGACAAGGAAAGACAAUGGGGAGCCCCAGGAUUGGGAGAAGAAAAUACAUGCUACGGCUAUCAGCAAGUAUGUAUUCAAGAUCGGACGAUUAACAGUACACCCCGCUGUCCUUAUCGAUGCCAGUGGAAUGCUGCCAGAGCGGCCUGAUGGUUGGGCUACUACGGAGAACGGGAUGGCCCCGCCAUCUCAUCUCAUCACUGGCCAUGUCGUCAGCGAAGCCGAAGCAAAGGACGGACAUGGUGGUUGGGAUUGGAAGAAAACGGAAGAAUUGCGCAAGAAAGGUUACGAGUUUGCAGCGCACUUCGCGGCGCUAGAUGGUUUGCAUAGCCAAUUUGACAGCGGUGAAGAUGGGGCUCUUGGUAGAUUUGGCCUCGCGUGAUUUAUACCGCAUCUAUACUCUAGACCUUCAAUCUUACGAUAAAUGUAGCUGAUCGUGUAUCAUACAGAUCCGGAUUUAUAUGCUUAGACUCGGCCUUGGAAGAAUAAACAUCAAAGACGAUUACAGAAUAUCAAUUGACUUUUAAGCCUCCCCGACUGCUCUUAUCGAUCUAAGUAUACACAUGAUCCGAAGACCAUUCAAAUGUUGCAUAAAAGAAGUUUACUAUUAACCACACUAUGCUGUGCCAACCAUUUAUAGAGCUAAAGCAGCCA